AUGGCGAGGAAGCUCGACGGUGGUCGCGGCCGCCUCGCGGAGGCGGUGGAGGCCGUUAAAGAUCACGGUGUCGGGGCGCUACACCUCGCCGUCGACGCCAAGAGGGCGGAAGUGUGCGAGUACCUGGUCGAGGAUGUCCGGGUGGAUGUGGAUGCCGUUGAUAUAUGUGGUAGAACACCUCUGGUUUGGGCAAUCAUUAGUAAAGGUGUGCAUGUGGAUAUUGUCAGGUAUCUUCUUGAUCACGGUGCCAAUCCAGAUAAUGUUGACAUAGCAGGGCUUACCCCUCUCCAUGAGGCCGCCAAAAUAGGGCACUGUGAAGUAGUAGAACUCUUGCUCUCGAGAGGCGCUUUUGUCGAUCCGUUUUCUACUGAUCAUGGAACACCGUUGCAUGUUGCUUCUAAACAUAAGCAGGAUGGCGCUAUGAAGACUUUGUUGGCUCACCAUGCAGAUGUUAACAAGGUUCUAGACAAUUUCAGUUCACCUCUCAUGAUUGCUAUCUAUAGUCGCUCAGUGAAAUGUGUGAACCUACUGCUAGAGGCUGGUGCGGAUGUGAAGGGUAUGCGUACUAUGACCCCCUUGCUAGCUGCUGUAACAAAUGGCCUAUCUGGCGUCCUGAAGCCCCUAUUGGCUGCUGGUGCAGAUCCUAAUGUUCGAAAUGAAUUUGGUCACUUGCCAAUACAACUCGCGGCACACUUUGGUACACGCAAAGAUGUUGAGAUCUUGUUUGAAGUUACUUCUUCUCGUAUUCCAGCUGUACAUGAUUGGAGUGUUGAUGGAAUAAUUAGUUAUAUAAAGUCAGAGCCAAAGUUGGAGGAUAACCCUUUGUCUAAAAUGUCAGUAGCUAAGUUGAAGGAAGAAGGAGACAAAGCUUUGCGUAAAGAGGAUUAUGAUUCGGCAGUAGAAUUCUAUACCAUGGCCUCCUCCGUCGUCCAAUGCUAUCCUCCCACACCGGAAAGCGGUGUGGAACCAGAGGAUGACGAUGACGAUUCCGAGGGGACCGAAGACGCCCAGCAAGCCCUCGAGGACAGCGAUGUCCGGGAAGACGACACCGUCGAAGAGGUUGCUUUUACCGAGAGCAAGCGUCGCUUGCAGAUAGACGAAGAUUUUAUCACGACGGCUGAAUCUAGUCCCAGCGACCGAGAUAAUGAUGCCGUUGGAGCUUCUCCGCCUUCUCCUGCUGACAAGAGGCCAUCAGGCUUUUACGCUGCCGAGGAUGACUUGGAACUGUAA